GAUAUCCUACCCUCAACAGUGCCCAAAAUGUCCUCGAUGUCGUAGUAUAACGAGUUUUUUUGUGAACAAAAGUUGUUUUGUUAGUUGUUGAUAUAAAAAUGAGUGAUCAUGGUUACUAUUUUGAUGACCCAAAUCGAAAUCUGUCAUAUUUUAGACCGGAAGCUAGGACUGUUUCAGAGCUUCGAUAUAUCGGAUGGAAUGUUCCACCAGACGACCUGCAAUAUAUCCCGGAACAUUGGCUCAAACACACUGAACCCGAAAAAUCUAUGCACUAUUUACUUGCUUUGGUCUAUACACUUUUUACGGUAGCGUCAUUGACUGGAAAUGGUUUGGUUAUUUGGGUUUUUAUGAGCGCUAAAUCCCUGCGAUCGCCAUCAAACCUCUUUGUUGUGAAUCUAGCUAUUUCGGACUUUUUAAUGAUGCUCAAAGCACCCGUUUUUAUAUACAACUCUAUAAAUUUUGGGUUUGCUUUGGGCAAUCCCGGAUGUCAACUAUUUGGUCUUUUUGGCGCAUAUGCUGGUAUUGGAGCAAGCCUAACAAAUGCUUUUAUAGCUUACGAUCGACACAGUGUUAUAACUCGACCAAUGGCUGGAAAACUAUCCUUCACCAAAGCUCUGUGUUUUGUAGCAUUUAUUUGGAUAUACAGCACACCAUGGGCAUUGAUGCCGUUCUUCAAAGUAUGGGGCCGUUUUGUUCCAGAGGGCUACUUAACUUCGUGUUCAUUUGAUUAUUUGACAGAUAACUUUGAUACACGUCUUUUUGUUGCAACCAUAUUUUUCUGCAGCUUUUGCAUGCCAACAGCAAUGAUCCUCUAUUAUUACAGCCAAAUUGUAGGACAUGUUUUUAGCCAUGAGAAGACACUACGUGAACAAGCCAAGAAGAUGAACGUUGAGUCACUUCGAUCGAAUGUCGACAAAAACAAAGAUACCGCUGAAAUACGAAUUGCCAAAGCAGCUAUUACCAUUUGCUUUUUGUUCUUUGUAUCAUGGACACCAUAUGGCGUUAUGUCUCUAAUCGGGGCAUUCGGAGACAAAAGCCUUCUGACACCUGGAGUCACAAUGAUUCCGGCGUGCACGUGCAAAAUGGUUGCUUGUAUCGAUCCAUAUGUGUACGCUAUAAGUCAUCCUAAAUACAGGUUAGAGCUGCAAAAGCGUCUUCCUUGGUUGGCCAUCAACGAAAAGGCACCAGAAGCAGCUAGUGCCGCAUCAACAGGAACAACGCAGGAAAAUCAAACAACGACAGCGUAGAUGAAACUCUUUUUUUUUUAUUGCAUUCUUCGAGUAUUAAGUACCUAUUAAAGUAGAUCUUAAAGUAAGAAUAUAGUUUUUUAAAGUACACCUAAGUUUUGGAUUAAAAUGUUGCUGAACUUGGCUAAAUCUAUACGAAACUGAUCUUAAUGACGAAUCUUGCUUACGCGUACCGGACCGAAAAGAUAGCUGAAAUUUGUAAAAAAAAAACUAAGCAUGUAUCAGGCGAUAAAACAUGUUUUAUGUUGACUUAAUAAUGUAUUAUUUAUUAUUUGUAGAUGUUUAUUUGAAAAGAAAUAUAUAGAACAAUUUUUGCAAACUAUUAAAAAAGUAUGAA